UCUUCUCCACUUUCCAUUUUAUAUACUGAGAGCUCAUGACCUGCUGAGAGCUCGCCUGCAAGGGGCUGGCCUUGAGGUUAGCAGGUGUAGCACACUGUUCCUGUCCUCACAUCCAGCUGUGUGGCGCAGCUGCAUGCUGAGACACACAGAAGAUGGAAAGUGCUUUCUGUCAUGGAUGAGACUGUGUCUGUCUGCUGGGGGUGAGCAGUGUCAGUGAAGGUCACCAGUGACACCACCAUCUGGAAUCCUUCGAACAUCACUGAACCUACUUGAGGUGGGCUGGUCUGGACAGUGCUGGACGGGUGAGGACGUAGAGUCUGGGACAAGUUCCAGAAGCCUCCUCGCAGCAGGCUGUGCUUCUCAGAACUCAUCGCCGUCUCUCAGCUCAAGGAUCCAGGGUGUGAGUCUGAGAAGAAGAGAUGGUUGGCACUCAGGUGUGGCUCUACACCCUGCUGGGGAUCUCAGUACUUGUUGAAGCCAAGAAGAACCCAGAGGUUCAUGUAACUACGUGUCUUAUAUCUGGGAACUGCGUACUGCCUUGCCGCUUCCAGCCCAGCGCUAGAGACAUCAUCAGCUGGUACAGACAAGAAGUGCUGCUCCUCAGUUCCUCCAAUCACAGCAGCCAGCUACAGCAUGGUGAACGCGUGUCCCUCUUUGAGGAAAAGGUCGCCAGUGGCAACGCUUCGCUUCUACUCAAUCACUGUACCUUCCAGGAUCGGGGGAAGUACAGGUGUCAUGUCAACAGCACUGUGACAAACCAAGAGUCUUUCGUUCUACUAAGGGUGGAGGCCCCCAUGCAGUUCCUUUCCCUCAAGAUUGCCCAGCCUGAAAUCCAACAGCUUAACUGUUCAUCCCAGGGCAUCUACCCGGCCCCACAUCUGCAGUGGUCUACAGAGCCCCCCCUGCCACUACAGGCACUAAGGCCAAUCACACGCAUGGCGGCUGAUCGAAGUGGCCUCUACUCCGUACGAAGUUCUCUGACCAUGGUGGGGAGUUCGGCAAAUUACACCUACAUCUGCACUGUGAAUGCAUCCUAUGGCACCCAGACCUGGAAGGCCUCUCUUAGGAAGAAAGAAGACAUGACAGGGACAGUGGGCCAGGCGCUGACCAUCCCCUGCUUUGCUCCUCGGGAUAUGACCAACUUCACACUCACCUGGACUUUCAUGAGAGAUCAGCAGCCUUCCACCAUCCUCACCUACAGCAGCGGCACUAAAGAGAUGAACAAUGACUGGUCUCACCAGGCCCGGGUAGACAAAACCCAGGCCAGGUCAGGAAACGGAUCUCUGCGGCUCUGGAACCUGAUGAAUCAAGAGAAUGCAGGGACCUACACCUGUACCUUCUCAGCCACCCAGAGCACACACACAGUCCUCACUAGCAUCAGUAUUAUAAGUACAGCAAAAGCUACAAGCUACGCUCGAAUAUGGAUCAUCACUCUCGUGGUCAUCGCCUUGUUCCUGCUAGGCAUUGCUCUAUUGGUUUACGCUAAACAGAAAGGUGUCUUUUACUCUUGGAGACUAAUGUCUGAACCAGCUGAUCACUCUGAAGCAGGUGGAACCACACAGAUGCAGACCAUGGAGACAGAACAGGCCACAGCAUCUGCAGACCCUGACAACAGCCAGCCAUAGGCCGUGGUGAAGAGAGUUUGCUCAGGAAAGCUUGGGGACAAAUACCCAUUGUGCAAGUCCACACAUCCCCCCUCCUCAGGAAGAACAGGGAACCCACCCUGGUGGGACACAGACCCACUCGCCAUGGAGCAAGAAGCCAGCUGCUGCCUUUGGGAGUUAAUGAGAUUCCCUGGAUUGACAUGAUCAGUAAAAGUGCAACUUCACCCUACUGAACAAUUUCUGUAUGUUUACAAAGUGUACUGUAGUAGAACCCAUACUGCUUCUGCAUAAA